AAAAAUUCUUUGGGAUGGCGCGGAAAGUUGUCACACUGUCACACGGGUUAGCUAUCUCUUUAUGAAAGCCUUGUUUACGUUUUUUGGGGGGCGACACUGACAUUACCAAUCAUGAGUGUGUUGGAGGUGAAGUUCAUCGGCGACCGAGAUGUUUUGGAGCAUAUCCUGGACAAACAGGAGGGUGUGCAGAGCAACGGUGGGUCUGUUCAGAAGAUGGUAACUUUUAAGAGCCCAGCUGUACGACGGGCCAGAUGGGACGCAGAAUAUGUUGGAGAUGAAAACGGAGUCUUUGACGAGCAGAAUUAUAUCCAGUCUUUAGGAACAGACAAUACAGAAGACGAUGAGGAGGGUAUGUCCCGAAUGGCCGGAUCCUCUAUUUUCACUUUUCAGAAAGUCAAGCGUGGCCACAGCAUGGCUCAGACUGGUGAGAGCCUCCACUACUCACUCUGUCAUACAUACACACACUUCAUUCCACUGUCCAGCAUGACCCCCAACGCUGAACCCUCCACUCCUACCCGAACAGGCCGCAACCUCAGAGGAGAAAGUAGGACACCACAGAGAAGCAAAAAGGUGCAGUUUGUCUCCACAACACCACACAGGCUCAGGAAGAGAAUGACAACUCCGAGCCUGCGGUCAGACAGCGACAGUGAGCUUUCGCCCUCAGACUCUGGGGAGGAGGAGGAUGAAGAUGUUAUGGAGGAAGAGCAGAAACUAAAGAAAGAAGACAAGGAAAACUUGAAGACUCCCAGAACACCCAGUAGAGGUUUAUCUGCAGCUCUCUACAAGACUUCUGCCAAGAAGAGCAAGAACACUUCUGAACCCGUCAACCAGCCCAGUAUGGUUGAGGAGUAUUUCGAGGCCCAUGGCAGUUCAAAGGUCUUGACAUCAGACCGCACCCUUGAGCGUUUACACACCCCCAAACUCGACAGGGAGACACUGGUCCGGCUUUUAGAAGGAAAGCCAUCCUGUUACUCAAAAGAGAUCCAGCAGCUCCACAACAACCACCGAACACACUUCAGCAAAUGGAUGCUACAGCUACAGUUGGGCUUCAGUGUGCUAGUGUAUGGUUUGGGCAGCAAAAAAGCUCUUCUGGAGGACUUCCGUGUGACUCACUUGUCUCAAGAAAUCCACCUCGUGGUCAAUGGAUUCUUCCCUUCCAUCACUCUUAAAUCGAUCUUAAAUGCUCUGACAUGUGAGGUUCUGGAGCACCAGGGAAGUUUCCGGACACCCUCAGACCAGAUCCAGUUCAUCACUCAGACGCUCAAAGACAGACCAGAUCUCCAUGUGUACCUGCUAAUCCAUAAUAUUGAUGGACCAAUGCUGCGAGGAGAGAAGACCCAGAGUGCACUGGGGCAGCUGGCAUCCCUUCCCAGCCUGCACUUGGUGGCUUCUUUAGACCACAUCAAUGCGCCAUUGGUGUGGGACCAGUUUAAGCUGAGCCAGUUUAACUGGCUGUGGUGGGAGUGUGUGACAUUCCAGCACUAUGCAGAGGAGACAUCAUAUGAAAACUCACUCCUGGUACAGCAAACGGGUGCUCUCGCUCUGUCCUCCCUGACACAUGUGCUCCGCAGCUUGACACCCAAUGCAAGAGGAAUUUUCAAACUGCUGGUGAAAUUUCAGCUGGAAAAUAAAGACAAUCCUUCAUAUACAGGAUUGUCAUUCCAAGAUUUCUACCAGCGAUGUCGAGAGGCGUUCUUGGUGAACUCUGACCUCACACUGAGGACUCAGCUGACUGAGUUCAAAGACCACAAACUGAUAAGGACACGCAAAGGUGCUGAUGGAGUGGAGUACCUGACUGUUGCUGUGGAUGCCAGAACACUGAUGGAUUUCCUGGAGAAUGAGGAGGUUGACUGAGGACAUAAGGCUUUAGACUUCAGUUAAAUAGAAUUCAUGAGACAUCUGAUUAACUUCAGACAUGAACCCAGCUUAUAGUGGCUGUGCACAGUUUAAAAUAAUAGACCAAAUUAUUGAUGAAAGGUUUUGUCUUGUCCUAA